GUGUUUAUUCUAAGUUUUCGAAACAACGAUAGCCUACUAAUUCGCCAAUUCGUGGCGUUACUUCCUACACAUGAAUAAUUUUAAGAAUUGAUAUAAAGCCCAUUGGUCCAAGGAGGAAAUCUCGCAGCCACAUUUUUUAUCGAGUACAUGACGAUACAAGCAUGGAGGAACAAGCGACACAGAGCCACCAUCGAGUGGACGAGACCCGCUUGCAGGCGCUGAUAAGGGAGGCUCCUGAGAUAUCCUGGGAGAACACCCUGGGGGCUCCCAGCGGCGUCCCCCUGGACGAAGACACCAAGGAGCUUCUCAAGACGUGCAUGGACGUCUCCGUGCCACCCCCGACCACAUUGACAGAACUCAUAAAAAGGAGCGAGAUUUUCCCCAUCAGUUUCCCGAUUAACACCGUGCGUUGCGCCGCCCUCAGAGACAGAGGCAUACACCACGACAUCUUGGAGGUAAAUGCAAACUCGACCUACCCGGUGAUCCACGAGUCCAUGUUGCCGCUGAUCGCAGCCUGGCUUAAAUACAAGCGCACUUAUGGCAGUAAGGUCGAAAAAGCAUUGUACAGAGACAUGGGCCUCGUACAAUUCAUACAACGGCUGCUAGAAAAGAGAGCCGUACAGUUCGUGGGAUCUGACGAUCGAUUUGUAUUAAUCGACCAUUCGACCGGAUCGGAAGGAUGGGAAAACGUCGGUACGGAAAACGAGAAAGAGCCACUGGUCCUGGCAAAGUGUCUGUCAUACGAUGAGAUCAAACUCUCCGCUUUGAUGGUGAUAUCCUCGCACUCGGAAUUUAUAAACGAUGGCUCCCGGGAAAAUAGAGGAAUCGUUACCAACGAUUUCGACUCGGUACAAGCUAGAGGAGUGAUCAUGGGUGUUGUGGGCACUAGAUUCGAGAGACCGAAGGUGAUGGAGUAUCAAGAUAUCCUGGUCACACCUCUGCAGAACAACAUGGAUAAUGGAUACGGCUCUGCUGUUGAAGGAACCACAGAAGAGAAACGUGGACUUAGAGUUCUGUGGGCAAAAUUUUACGGCGAGGAGUACCAUCUCCUGUACGAGGAAACGAUCAGACGUGUUAAGUCUAAGGAAAAUAGAAGAUACAUUCCACUAACGAGCCAAACUAUCUUCGACAUUGAAAACUACAUGAAGAGGACCCUGUUAUCAGUCGAGGUGAUACUACUGGAAGCGAACACCAGAGCAGAAAAACAGAACACCACGGCAUUCAUUCACGUUGUGGGAUUUGGAUUGGGUGUCUGGCGGGUUCUUCAAGACCAAGAAUUGUAUUUCCUGAAGACCUUCGAGAUCGCUAUUAGGAAAAUGAACAAGAAAUUGAAAUACGUGUCGGACAUCAUGUUCUCGUACUUCAGACACCAGAAGUGCGGUGGUGCCGGUAACGGGGAUUACCUAGGAAAUAUCAGGAUUCUCUUCGCUCUUAGGGAGCCUCACAGUAGGCUCGUUCGAUCCAUGGAUGCCAACAAAUUGCUGGUAGUAACUUACGCCGCCGAUGCAAAUGCUUUGCCAGGGAAUGAAUUUUGGAGUGGAUACUUAACAUCCAGCGGAGAUCCUGCAGCAGCGAGCAGCAGUCAGAUAGCAGAGCUGCACAACACCAGAAUCAAUCCACGAGCCUGCGGGGCAAGUUUGCACGUAGCCUCUCCAGCACACGGGAUUCUGCACAUAGCUGACUUUGCGAGACUCCAUCUUGCUUAGGAACGGGUUGGCCCCACGGGCACCCCGGGGCAGCGAAGACCCUCGCGAUCACCACGCAGUCAAAGAAGUCGAAGUGCCGACGUAGACUGUCUAAAAAAAUACGCCGAAAGACGGGUCGA